CUAACCGAUGUUGAAUCGUUCGAUGGAAAUCCAUGCGACGAAGGGGUGGCUGCUGUUGGUGAGUACCAGCCGGCAGUCACCAUCCCAGUGGCCCCCGCUGAUUGUGGUUGUGCAUCCGGCCACUGGUGUGUGUGGCGACUCGGUGAGGAGGCGAUUUACACGGCCGCCACCGACACCCCUGAACAGACAGACACCAACAAACGACUUGUGGUGUGCCCCUUCCAACCCCAUUGAGGCCGUUGAUGCCGUGUGUCACCUGUUAAGUGCAGUCGACGUGACAUUGAUGUGGUGAGUAUUCCUGAAGUGGUCGAGGAUCUUGUCCUUGGCAAAUGACGAAACUGACGCAUCGAUGCGCCCUUGGCCGCCACCGCUCGACACCCAUCGGGCCCGAUAGCGAUCUGAGGGGGUCCUCCAGACGCUGCCGAUGCCGUUCCGCACCGGUGGGUCGUGUGGCUGUCUGUGCUGCUGGUACAGGUGGCCGACAGGGAGGGGCGGGUCGACCUGCAGCUCGAAGCCGGGCUCGUCGACGAUAGCCCGCACCUCACCAUUGCCGAGGUGGAACAGCUGCAGGCAAGUGCCGUCACUGAAGUGAAAGUGGCGGCCGACCAUCUUCAGCUGCGCCAACACACGGGAAGCCGACACAUACGCCUACACACGACCACACACACAGACACACAGAGAGAAUGAGGCCCUCUCCCGUCGUCCCGUCCCCGCCCGUCUGUUUGCUGGCUCACCGAUAUGUUUGUGUGUGUGUUGAUGUCAGCCCCACUGAGGGUCACAGGCAGCUCACAGUUGCCGCACUGCCCCGCCAGCUCAAUCACCUCGGCCAU